AUUCGAGCGGUAGAAGGUGGUGCUCGUUCAAAAUGUUUAUUUACGCCUUGCUAUGUGUUUUUAUCGGGUCAAGCCUAGGGUUUCACGUCGACAAAGAAUCGCCACCGCAAUGGAGUGACGUGUAUACGGUCAAGGGAAUAUUAAAUAUUCCGUAUGCGGAGCUUCACGAACCAUUCUACGCCUGGUUCGACAGCAAGAAUGGCAAAUCCCGCAUCGACUACUAUGGUGCGAUGGUCAAGACAUACCAGCUGUCGGCAUCUGUCUACCCUGACUCCGGCACUUCUAUCAAGAUCGCUCCAGUGACGACUGAGAAGGUGCAGAAUCAAGACACUUGUCUUCAGGUCAAUGGCACCAAGGAUGAGAGCAUCAAUAUCCAGACAGUACUGCCUGACAUGACCGACUUCAAAUAUGUUGACACGGAGACGAUGCAGGACGCGGACGCGGCCAAGUGGCGCAUGGUGCAGACCGUCGGCGACAAGAUCAACAAGUACACCAUGUGGGUCAAGUACAAGAAGAGCUUGCGCGGGGACCCCAUACCCAUACCUAUCAGGUAUGAAAUGAAGGGAUUCAACUCUCUACUAGGCUCGCACUAUGACCACUACUACAUUGACUACAGGGACUACAAUGUGGAUGACAUUGACCAGGAUGUGUUCAAGAUUGACCCCAGUUUCCAGUGCACAUCCUUCCCUGGCCCCGGCUCGCGCCACUUCGCCACCUUCAACCCCAUGAAGGAGUUCGUUCACCCCAUACACGAUGCUCACGUACACGAGGAGUUUGACAGAUUCAAACAGAAGCACAACAGGCAGUACGCCUCAGACGUCGAACACGCCAAAAGAUCCAACAUUUUCAGACAAAAUCUGCGCUACAUCCACUCCAACAACCGCGCGCAUCGUGGGUUUACUCUGGCAGUGAACCACUUGGCAGACCGCACGGAUGACGAGCUGGCAGCGCUGAGGGGCCGUCGCUACUCUGGACCCAACCAGGGUCUGCCGUUCCCUCACAGCGCGAGGGCGCUAGAGGAGAUGAGUGACAAGGUGCCCGCCGAGCACGACUGGCGACUGUUCGGUGCUGUCACUCCUGUCAAAGAUCAGUCAGUGUGCGGCUCGUGCUGGUCGUUCGGCACGGUGGGCGCGGUGGAGGGCGCGCUGUUCCUGCACAACGGCGGCCACCUCGUGCGCCUCAGCCAGCAGGCGCUCGUCGACUGCUCGUGGGGAUUCGGCAACAACGGGUGCGACGGUGGCGAAGACUUCCGCGCGUACCAGUGGAUCAUGAAGCACGGCCUGCCCACCGAGGAGGACUACGGGGGCUACUUGGGACAGGACGGCUACUGUCACAUUGACAACGUCACGCUGGUGACGUCAAUGAAGGGCUGGGUGAACGUCACCGCCAAGAACGAGAACUCUUUGCGGUUCGCCAUCUUCAAAUACGGCCCAAUAUCGGUGGCGAUCGACGCGUCCCACAAAAGCUUCAGUUUCUAUUCCAACGGUGUCUACUACGAACCCAAAUGUAAGAACCAAGUUGAGGAGCUGGACCACGCCGUGCUGGCGGUCGGGUACGGCAUCCUCAGGGGGCAGAAGUACUGGCUGGUGAAGAACUCGUGGUCCAACAUGUGGGGCAACGACGGGUACGUACUCAUGGCCACCAGGGACGACAACUGCGGCGUGCAGGCGGCGCCCACCUACGUGCUCAUGUAAACCAUACGGAUACUAGAUUGAAACUGCUCGUUUCCUCAGACCAAUUACCUUUGGACUUGUAUCGCACCCAAAUUCACCAACAAAAUUUAAAUUGUCUUAAAUUGUUCUUUAUUGUUUCUAGUAGAUUGAAAAAAUAUCUUAUUUUUUUUUGAGACGUGAUUACAUGAAAAUUUUAUUUUUUAAAUAUGUUUUUGACUAUACGAGCCAAAACGCCUGUCGGCCAUUAUUGUUUAAAUUUCAACUGUUAACAAAUCCCGUACAAACGGAACGUUUGACAAAAAUAUUAGUAUAUGGACGACAGCAUUUUUGACGUUAGGAAAAUUUGAAAUCUUAUAAAUUAAUGUAUUUCGGACCCUAAUUGCAUGUACUAUGAGAAAUUAAUAUUAUUUAUAUUAAAUUUGAUAUCAGUCAACUACCCUAUAGUCUGUCAUUUUUUGAGGGGGAUGAGGUAAACACAUCGAAAAUAUUUAACAAGAAUAAAAAAAAAUCUGUGUCCUUACACUUCACACAACUGUAAGUUUUAUACGUUAUACACAUGUAAUUUUAACAAAAUCAAACAUUGUUUCUAUAGACACAAUUUGUUUAUGCACGUUAGAUCGUGAUCAUAUAUUUUUGACAGUAAUGUCUAGUGAGGCAGGUCCUAUGGUAAUUGGUCUGAGCUCGUUCCGUAUCUUACUUUGUAUAGUCGGACGCAAUCUUUAUGACGUCUCCGAAAUAAGCCGCAGGUCUACAUACUAAACAUACUUAAUGUAAGUAAUCAAGACGCGUGAGACGACUUUGGCUUGGUUGAGGCGCCGCGCACGGAAACGCCAUAAUAAAAGCAUCCGACUAUACAAGUAAUUGUUCAGUGAAACAUAGUCGCUUCUAAUUCAUAAACACUGGUUAUGUCCUUUAUAUAAAUAGGACGUUUAUUUUCUGUCUUUUAGAUCAUUAUUUUGGUGUCAAUUAGACAGAAUCGUAACUUUUACCAUGUAAUCUUAAUGUCCAGAGUUUAACAUAUCAUGACAAUUUAUAGAGUUUUUUAUUUUAUGUAGAUUGAAUUAUAGUCUGGUUUAAAGACAAUAUGUUGGCAUUCCGUUAUUCAGUCAUUAAAAUAACGCUGGUAAAAUAUUUUAAACUAAAUAUACCUUACGUCUCAACAUCUCUAUAUUAUCCAUAGUUUAAUUAUAACUAUUUAUGUUAUGUGUUUAUGUACUUAUUAAAAUAUCUCAUAAUUUCGAGCUAAUUUUUGGAUUAAAAUGGUCGAUUUUAGCUAAAAAUAUGAAAGACAAACGCCGGAAUAUUUAUGAAAUACAAAUCGUUAGCUCUCUUAAGUAUAACGGAGUGCCAACAUAUUUCCAGUAGCUGUAUAAUAUUUUAAAAAAUAUUAUAAAAUACAAAAAUUGCUUGUAUAAGUUCCAUAGACAAUAUGUUUUUACUCGCAAAAGGUGAUAAUCCCUUGAUCAAAAUAUAGUACUAAUAACAACUAUAAAUGAAAUACCUUAUAAAAGUAAUUUUAUGGUUUAUUUAUCAACAGGACUGUGAAUUUUGUAAUCGUUAGCAAUUGUUUUGUAUUUCUGUUUUUUUAGUGUAAAUUAAUUAAUAGAAAAAAUUAUUGAUGGGGGGUAUCGAUUAUAAAAUAAAUUAUCCCAUAAUAUCAAUUUAAACGGACAAAAAUAAUAUAAAAUGAACAGGGAAAGCUGGGCUGUGAUUGAAUUGAACCAGGGCCUAUAGCCAAGUGGUACGUCGAAUCCCUUUCUACAAACGCUAACGCUUCGAAAACUAUAAUAUAAUAGAUAACUUGAUCACGUGAUCUAUCGAUAGCAAAUGUCAUUGAGUUUUUUUAAUUUUCGAGGUGUUUGCGUUUGUAGAAAAAGAAACAACGUGCCAUAUACUAUAAGGCUAUAAGCCGAGAUAGUUUAUCUACGUCGACGUAAGUAUACAGAAUUUUAUCUAAACAUACAGGUAUGAUAUGAGGUAACAUUUUAUCAGUAAAAUGUAAUUUCGCCUUGAGUUUUAGUUUUCAGUAGAAAAUGUACCGGAAAAGCUUUUUGGUGUAAUUCAUGCAUGUGUAUUUAAGCUUACUAUUUUUGUAUUAACUUUAACUACGCAAUGCUAGAGAAAAUAUUAUGUUUUAAAGUUAUAAGCAAUACUGUGAAACUUAUCUACGAAUCUCAAUAAAAGAUUUUUUGAA